UAAUCGCGUCUCUUAAUUCUCCUCAGUAUAAAACGAGAACACCAAUGCGAACAGGAACCUACGCAACUACCAUUUUUACUCUGUUCACUCUGCUGUAUUUAUCUCAUCUUCGCCAUGGGAGAUGCGGAGACGCAGAAGAAGAAGAAGAAGAUCAUCAUCGACACCGAUCCCGGCAUAGAUGAUGCGAUGGCGAUAUUCGUAGCGCUUAAUUCCCCGGAGAUUGAGGUGAUUGGGCUCACGACGAUAUAUGGGAAUGUGUACACGACGCUGGCCACGAGAAAUGCUCUGCAUUUGUUGGAGGUUGCUGAAAGGAAUGACAUACCAGUGGCCGAGGGAUCUCAUGUAACAAUGAUGAAAGUUACAAAGCUUCGCAUCGCUAGCUUUGUUCAUGGUUCGGAUGGGCUUGGAAACCAGAACUUUCCUCCGCCAAAAGGGAAGGCAAUCGAUCAGUCAGCUGCUGCUUUUCUUGUUGAAAAAGCAAAUCAGUAUCCUGGAGAAGUUACUGUGGUAGCACUUGGCCCGCUGACAAAUAUUGCUUUGGCUAUUGAACUUGAUCCUGCAUUUCCAAAGAAGAUAGGGCAAAUUGUUAUUCUUGGUGGUGCAUUUUCAGUAAAUGGGAAUGUUAAUCCAGCGGCUGAGGCAAAUAUCUUUGGUGAUCCUGAAGCUGCUGAUAUUGUGUUCACCUGUGGAGCAGAUAUCUUGGCUGUGGGAAUAAAUGUAACACAUCAAGUCAUUCUUACAGAAGCUGAUCGUGACAAGCUUCAAAAUUCCAAUGGCAGAUUUGCUCAAUACUUGUGCAAGAUCAUAGGGUUUUAUUUUUCAUACCAUGAGGAGGCCUAUUGUACAAAAGGUGUUUACCUUCACGACCCAGCAGCACUUCUUGCCGCGGUCAAUCCUUCAUUGUUUACUUACAGUGAGGGUGUUGUGCGGGUUCAAACAUGUGGAAUCAUGAGGGGUCUUACUAUAUUCGAUAAUACGAAGAAAAGGUACGCAGAAGUCACAGAGUGGACCAAUAAGCCCAUGGUCAAGGUCGCUGUCACUGUUGAUGCCCAGGCUAUGGUAGACUUGGUGAUGGAAAGGCUUAUGAAUUCUUAGCGGAAAUCCUCCAAAAUUGCCUUAAACUGAAUAAAAAAUAUGGAAACAACUUGGUUCUUCGCUAGCUCUGCCUUUUCAUGCAUGCGAUUCUGCCGCUAAAGAAAGGUUGCAUGGAUUGUGAUGGACCGGCGCAAACUGUUAGCACGGCUCUUGUCUUUAAAUCUUUUACGGGGUGGAGAGCGGCCAAAUCCUGUAGUUGUUGUAAACUAUGGAGAGAGGCUUAGUUACCUAAUGUCCAAUUGAAUAAGAUUGUUGUGCCAAGCAAAACUUUUAUUUUUUUAAAAAAAAGUGCCAAGCAAAGCAAGUUGUAAUUUGAAUUUUUAGUUCGCAUAAGUGGUUAUUUACUUCAGUUUUUUCUGAUCGUUUUCAAAGUUUGACCUAUACUGUAAAUCCUCUCCUCUUCCGUGCAAAAUCUCAGCCGUUUGAUGCUCA